CACUGUUCCACAUUCUGUAGUGACUGUCAGCGGGAGCGCGCGCGCACCAAACACUGGAAGUUUAAAGUCAAGAUGGCAAGUAAAAUCCUCCUGAGAGCCUGUCGAGUGACUCUGAUGGGCAGGCAAAAUAUUUUAAUGAAAACACCUCAACGUGCGAUGGCCGGGAAAGGUAUCCCAACAGAUGACGAGCAGGCUGCGGGUUUGGAGAGACGCAUCCUGCAGGCGCUGAAAAAGGGCCAGGAUCCGUACAGCAUAUUCAAGCCAAAGGAAUACACUGGAUCCAAAGACGACCCUCAUAUUGUUCCAAGCAUCAAUAACAAACGGCUGGUUGGCUGCCUCUGUGAGGAGGACAACACCGCUAUUGUUUGGUUCUGGCUUCAUGAGGGAAACCCUCAGCGCUGCCCGUCCUGCGGCUCGCACUACAAACUGGUCCAUCAUGAGCUGCCGCAUUGAGCUGAAGCUCCUGGACCACAAACACCUGCACUUCUGAACCAAAGUGCCUAUGCCAAACAUGUACAGGAUUCAAUAAUAAAAUAAUUUAAUACAA